AUUCUCUACCUUUCCUGGCAUGCUCUCUAACGAUGUGUAGGGCUUGGCAGCUCAUCCCAUCAUUUCAGGGGUACGCCGAUGAGUAUGAGCAUAGGAAAACUUUGUUAACGACUUUUGGACAGCUGUUCCCUCUAGUGGCAAUACAUCACCGAUGUGCAGUCGAGACCAAGCAACAAUGGAAAAUUGUAGGAUGCGGAAAUCAAAUUGAGGUCCUCCGCCUUACGACUUUUCAACCGAUGUGGUCCCUCGCCCACGUGUUGACGAGAUCUAUGUGCGAUUCAGCUAUUCGUGCCGCUCUAGGUGGAUUCUUGAUUUGCGAUCGGAGCGAUAUCAGCCAAUAUGUGUCACUAGAACGGUCAUUUUUGGAGGUUGCCCAUUCUGAGAACCGAUACGCCAGUCGGGGCGAGCUUGCGAGCGACAUUUUAGACCUUGGGAUGUUCAAUUGGGAAGUGAAACGGGCUUUUUGGAAGGUUGUUUCAACACCGCCUUUUUGAUACGAGUUCAAGAAAUCGGUCUUUGCAAACUUAAUUGCAUGUUCUGACAGAGUGAAGAGAUUUAUCCGCAAAUCCUGACUGAUAUCGAUGAAUGCGUUGAGACAUUACAUCGACAUCAUCGCGAAACUCGUCGGGUAUGGUCUCCGCGACCCGCUCCCAAAAUUCAACGAGAAUGGCCUUUUGCAAUGGAGCUUUUGCAAAAGAUUUCACCACCGUAUAUGCGUCCAGCGCCGCCUGAACGGCCUGCACCGAUUCCAUGGAAGAUGGCCUCUGAGUCUGCGGGAUAUCUUGAUAUCUUGAUCCAAUUACUCACCAGCAUGCUAUUCGACGGCGAAAGCAUAUGCGAGCGGGAAAAUAUGUUUCAUAGACAUCGACCAUAUGACUUUAAGCGUCUUUUGAAAAAGAUUCUGACUGCCGUCAAGGUAGCACGACAGGUCCCAUCAGAUAAUACUGUCUUCUACCACUUGAAGCAGUCUGCAGUAGAUUUCAUGUGGGAGGUACAUCAGGCAACGCUCCUGUAUCCAGAGGCCCAGAAAGCGAUGGACGUCCUGUUGGUAAAGUGGAGAAUACGGCUGACACGGAACCAAGGUCUUAUUCAUACCAUUAUCCAAUCUCUUACCCAAGAAACACCAACUGCUUCAGCGCACGCUUACCGGGCCAAAAACUUUCUGUCGUAUUACCUUGCAUUGAGUCCACUAUGUGGUGAGCGGGUUCAAGAGUGUGUCGGUGCUGACAUCAAGUACUUUGUUAAGAGUCAAUCACAUGGUGUUUUCCUUUCAUUGGGCGACAGUGGGACUUUUUAGUUUCAGGACCAUAGAUACGUAGGGUAGAGGACAUAUAUAGCACAAGAUUAGAUUCGAAAUAACAAAGGGAGCACGAUAAUGGUUUCUAUUAGCUUUUUCUUUAUUCAGACUGUAGUUUGUUGCUAGCAUUGUAAGAAAAUGGUAAAAAAAAGUACAAAGCAAAAAAAACAUACACUAUGUAAAC